UGUGUUGUUGUUUAAAAGGACCUUCUUCUUCCUGCUAAUGUAUCAAUAACUAGAAGCUCUCCAUCCACGGCUAUCCAUGGCGGCUUUUGGGAUUCAAGGGCAGAUGCUUGCUGUCACAGUUGUUAGAUGUAUCAGGUUAAAAGACACAGAAUGGAGGAUAUCAAGGCAAGACCCAUACGUCUGCAUUGAGUAUGGUAGCACCAAGGUCAGGACAAGAACCUGCACAGAUGGAGGAACAAACCCUGUUUACGAGGAGAAGUUUAUGUUUAAUCUCAUUGAAGGGCUUCGAGAGCUAAAUAUCAAUGUCUGGAAUAGCAACACCUUAAGCAGUGACGACUUCAUCGGUAGCGGAAAGGUUCCAUUGCAUAAGGUUCUUUCUCAGGGAUUUGAUGAUGCUUCAUGGACAAUAGUUGAUAGAAAAGAAAGAUUUUCAGGAGAAGUCAAACUAAUGUUGCAAUACACCCAUGCCACCGAGAGAUCAAUGGCAAGCAAUGGUAAUUCUGCUUCCCCGGCCGUGGCGCCACCACCAGGGACAACCACUCCUUACCCUUACCCGAUGUCCACAACCUAUUAUCCUGCUCCAUCACCUUACCUUUCUUCAUAUCCCCCUAAUGGUAUAGCAGCUUAUUCAUCCUCCCCAUAUCACCCAACUACAUUACAAGCUGCCUAUCCACCACAGCCAUAUCCACCACCCACACAAACAUACCCACCGCCCACACAAACAUAUCCAUCACAAACUUACCCACGACCCACACAAAUAUACCCACCACCUCCACCAGGCUAUCCACAAACUUAUCAACAAGUGCCACAUCCAGUGAUCUAUCAACCAUGGCCAUACUGAGAUAGAGCUUCCCCUGUUUCCAAGGGUGGAGCCUUGCUUUUUUGCUUGGAAAAAUAUCUCGAAAACCCUUAUAGACAUUUGGUGCAGCAUUUAUAUUACCAUAAGUUUCAUUACAUUUAUUUUUAUUUUUAUUUUUAUUUUAUUUUAUUUUAUUUUUUUUACAAAUGAUAUAUGACAUUUAAAUUUUGCUUCAUAUAAUUUUUUUUAAUAUUAACUCAAUGAAUAUUUUCUC